CCGCUACGCCGUGGGGCUGUGCGCCGGCUGCUGGCUGCUGCUGCUGGCCGCGCUGCUGCCGCUGGCCCGCGCCGACCUCACCUACGCCGUGGAGGCGCUGGGCAUCGUCACCUGCUUCGACGUGCUCAAGUGGAGCAUGCUGCCCGGCGUGGCCGUGUGGGCCGUCUUCCUGUUCGGCAUCUUCGUGCUGCUCUUCCUCAUCCCCUUCCUGGUCACCGUGGCCUGCUACACGGCCACCAUCGCCAGGCUGCUGCGCUCGGCCGAGCCGCAGGGCCGGGGCCAGCGCCGCCGCUCCGUGUGCCUGGCCGCCCUGGUGCUGCUGUCCUUCGUCACCUGCUUCGCACCCAACAACUUCGUGCUGCUGGCCCACAUGGUCAGCCGGCUCUUCCUGGGCCGCAGCCUGUACCACGUGUACAAGCUCACGCUCUGCCUCAGCUGCCUCAACAACUGCCUGGACCCCUUCGUCUACUACUUCGCCUCCCGCGAGUUCCAGCUGCGCCUCCGCGACUACCUGGGCUACGGCCGGCUGCCCGCCGCCGCCACCGACAGCCCGGACGCCCGCAGGGGCAGCGUCUUCUCCGCCAGGACCACCCUGUCCGUGCGCUCCGGCUCCACCGGCCACGGCGACGGCGUGGGCCCCGAGGGCGCGCCCCGGCCGGGGCUCAAGCGGCAGGAGAGCGUGUUCUGACGGCCGGCGGGGCAGCUGGCACUCACGGGGAGACGUGGCUGGCGCCGCGGGCACACAGAACCAGAGAGCCGGGCCGGACGGGCCGAGGCGACUGGCGCAGACCCAGCCGGGUGCCACUACCCUCCCCGUCCCCGGCACACCUUGGUUUGCAAACUGACUAUGCGAUGCACACCUUGGUUUGCAAACUGACUAUGCGAUGCACACCUUGGUUUGCAAACUGACUAUGCGAUGCACACCUGGGUUUGCAAACUGACUAUGCGAUGCACACCUGGGUUUGCAAACUGACUAUGCGAUGCACACCUGGGUUUGCAAACUGACUACAAGAUGCAUGGCGUCCAGUGUGGUUUGCUGAGGGCCCGGCGUGCACAGAGCUGGGGGUGACCUGCGGGCGGAGCAAGGCACGGAGGCACAGCAUGGCCGCCGCCCUGUGUCUGGCCGGGCACCCGGACUGCUGGGCCCUCUUCCACAGGGACCUGAGAGCCCCUAGGACUCCAGCUCCUGCCCAGAGACAGCCGGACGCCAUACAAGCCAAGGGGGACGGACCCAGGGCUCUCCGGGACUUGUGAGCCGGGCUGCACAGAGGGACGCAGCCCCGCCUGCCCCCCGUCUUCCCAGCUCUGGCCUCUGCAGCCCGGUGCAGUCUCCGUCACUCUUGGUUGUUCGGGUCAUGGGGGCCCUUCAAAGAAAUUAGGAAGAAUUUUGCAACACUUCCCGUAGCUCUAAGAGCCCUGGUGUCACCUGGUCCCCUGGAACUGACCGUGGGGGUGCUGAGGGCUCAGUCCACCCUCGGCAGAUGGAUUCCUGUUUCUUAUCUGUCUCUCUUGUCUCUUGUCCGUGUCUCAAAGAGACAGGGUCUCGCUAUGCAGUUCAGGCUGGCCUUGAGCUCACUUUGUAGCCCAGGCUGGUCUCAGACUCGCAGUGAUCUUCGUGCCUCAGCCUCCCCAGCGCUGGGAUUACAGGCGUGCGCCACCACGCCUAGCUAAGGGUAUUUUCUCAGCCAAGUACAAGCACUGCAGUCCCAUCUGGGGACCAGGCAGGAGGCAGAGGCAGGAGGGCCUCCCUGGGAGCCUGUGGUAGAACUGUGACUUGGGACACGUCAGGCUCAGUCUCCCGAGCUCCAGAACGGGAGAGGGCGGAUCCCUGUGGCUUUCAGACUCCUGGUUGGGAGGAAUUUGUUACAGCAGCCCCAUCCUUCGGGAAAUGCAUGCAUAUAUUUACGCCCUGGCCCCUGAAGGGCGAUUUCAGGGCUCCCGCUUGGCCUGUGCUCGCCCCUGGGGGCCCGUCCUGUCCUGCAGUGGAGACUUGGGUGCACGCACUGGGCGAAGGGUCAGAGGACACAGUGGAAUGCACACGUCUGUGUGGUUGACCAUCUGUAAGUCAGUUUAUUACCAAUGCCCAUCCAUUAUCUCCAAUUUCACGGCAAAGCGUCUCUGUGACAGUGACGGGGCAGGAUCCAUCAGCUCAGCUCUGCAGGAGGGAACCCCGAAGCUCCCACAGAGGAAGGAUCUGCCCAAGCCGGGUGCUCCCCACACGCUGUUCACAUCCAGGAGCAGGGGCUCUGAGCCCGGCGCUCAAACGGGGCCUGCGGCAUCCAAGGUACUUGGCAGAUUAAAGUGAUGCCCUCGAAAUGACAUCUGUGAGCCGGGCGUGGUGGCGCACGCCUGUCAU